AGGUUGCAGAACCCGACUGAGCAUGAGCAGUCGCCAUUGUUUGUGGUUUAGAUUAGCCCAGUACUACCAGUCUGUCUUCAUACGUAAAAUUUCAUUUAAUCUCCCGAAUAGAGGCGUUUAUUUGUUAUUUUGACUAACGUUAAAGGUAAAGUAGUGUUUAUUAGUGCUGUAUGACCGAAUAAGUGAAGUGGUCGACGCAGAGCUGAGAAUGACAGAGCAAAGGAGCGGAUACCAGCAGUUGACUAAUGAGGAGGAGGUAGGGGAGGGGCUUCAACAAUCCACUGAUGCACCUCCGCCCUACAGCAGUAUUGCAGCAAGUAAUGCAGCUUUCUUUGAAUACAAAGAGGAUGAAGGCUUUCCCAAACCCCCCUCGUACAAUGUCGCAACAUCAUUACCAUCAUACGACGAGGCUGAGAGGAACAAAGCCGAGUCCACCGUUCCCUUGGUCACUGACAGGGAUGAGGACUUUAUUGCCAGAGAUGGCUUUGAUGAUACAGACCAACUGAGAGUGGGAAAUGAUGGGAUAUUUAUGCUGACGUUCUUCAUGGCUUUCCUGUUUAACUGGAUUGGCUUCUUCCUGUCGUUCUGUCUGACGACCUCUGCUGCUGGCCGAUACGGGGCUAUAUCUGGUUUCGGACUGUCCCUGGUUAAAUGGGUCCUGAUUGUCAGGUUUUCUACAUACUUCCCUGGAUAUUUUGAUGGGCAGUACUGGCUUUGGUGGGUUUUCCUGGUUAUCGGAUUCCUGCUGUUUUUCCGGGGAUUUGUCAACUACUCCAGAGUCCGCAAUAUGGCAGACCAAUCCAUGGGUACACUUCCUCGAACCAGAGUCCUUUUUAUCUAUUAGGUUUCAGGGUGAUUGUGAAAUGAAGUGGUGAAAUCAAAGCAAGCCACCCAAGCUUUUUGAAUCUUCUGGAUAUAAAUGGCAGUGCAAAGAAAAUCUCUGCUUUAAACACUUCUGCAUCUCUCAGUUUUUCACACAAUGCAUAUAAUUAAUUUAGCAUUUUUACUAAAAAAAGUAUUCAGUCAGUUCAACAAAUGAUUAAAGCUUCAUACAAAGUGCAGUCAUAUGCAUUUACUGUUAGGACUUAAAUUUGCGUCUUUGCCAUUUUAAGUUCCACUAAGCAGUGAUGCCGAUUUGGUUUUGUAAAAUUCCCAGACACACACCCAUACACACAGUUUAUUUCUGUGUUCUUUGUUUCUUGAUUUGUGGGAAAGUUGUAAUUUUACUUUGUGAGUAAAUCUUGUAACUGAACUUUCUUUUGUGAUUUAGAAAAGAGUAUGUAUAUAAGGUAAACAAGAGAGUGAUAUUAACAUGAAGAUUAAAGACAAAUGAUUAAGAUUUACACAACAAAAUGCACAUGAACCAACUGCUGGGUUCUCGUAAAGACGAGUGUAUUAUUAGUGCUAACUAUGUUCAGGAAUACUGUUUCAUGAAGUGGACCAAAACGAGUUAUUAUAUACAAGUUAAGACAAGAUUAAUAGCGGUUAAUUUAAACAUUGAUUCCGCAUUCUAGCACACGUAAACAUAUAAUGCGAAUAAUCAAUCAAUGAUCGGGUUUGAACAUUAGAGUAUUUUAUAAUGCCAAAUGUAGCAGUAGAUGAAUUCUCCAUUAUUUUAUUUUGUAAGAAAGAGUUAGUGCUUAGUUGUGUUUGUGAUUUGUAUCUGUUUUACACUUAAUAAAUAAAUAAAUGUAACCUAUAUGACAUCACCA